AUGCCACUCUGCUUCAAUGAUGUUGAUGUCCAGCUUCUGUGGAGGCCAGUCCAGGACUGCUGUGUGUUUUUCUAUGCAGACUUCGAUGUCUUUGAGGUGCCCCCCCUCACCCCAACCAGCAAGGAGGUCCUCAGCCGGGCCGUGAAAGCCAGUUUUGCAGGCUUCACUCAGGAGAGAAUCAGCUGUCACUUUCCACAGGAUCCUGUGCUGUGGUCUAAGUGGGAGGUGAACCACUGGCUGGACUGGUGCCAGGCUGAGUUUGGGCUCCACUGCCUGGGCUCAGACCUCAGAGGUCUCGACGGCGGUCAGCUGUGCGGUCUCGACCGAGAGGCUUUCCUGGGCCUGGUGUCUGACUCCACUGCAGGAGAGAUCCUGUGGGAGCACCUGGAGACCAUGAGGACAGAGAAUGAAUAUGACUGCAGUUCUUCGUUACCCACCUGCACAACACCAUCCUACUGCCAGCUGGACACCAACAAAGAAAUCUGCUCCGAGUAUGAUCAGGAGUGUUCACACGGGGACGGGUACCAUGUUCAGUAUCACCCCAGUGACUGCCCACACCUCCACACUCUGGAACCAGUGGAUGUGCAGCAUGAGGCCCACAGUGUGGCCAAGUCUGAACACGCCAGCAGAAACAUCAGCUCUGCAGCUGUGCUGCAGGACACAGGGGGGAGUGGAGUGGCAGCCGGGGAGAUUGUUCACAGGAGCAAGUCUGACUCUGUGGGCUCUCCAUCGUGGGCUCCUCCACUCCACGAGGCCGAGCCAGCGCUGGAGAACAGCACGUCUGCAAACGUCUUCACUUCAGCUCAGCAACGCAGGAAGCUGAAGCAAUGUGCAGGCGGCCAGACUGAUCUGGAGCGAGCUGUGAUGCCAGCAGCCAUUCUCGCCGGCUACACCGGCAGUGGUCCCAUCCAGCUUUGGCAGUUUCUGCUGGAACUUCUGACGGACCGCAGCUGUCAGUCGUGCAUAAGCUGGACAGGAGACGGCUGGGAGUUCAAACUGACGGAUCCUGAUGAGGUGGCUCUGCUGUGGGGUCGGAGGAAGAACAAGCCUAAGAUGAACUAUGAGAAGCUGAGUCGUGGCCUGCGCUACUACUACGACAAGAACAUUAUCCGCAAAACAGCCGGCAAACGCUAUGUGUAUCGCUUCGUCUGCAACCUGCGAGGCCUGCUUGGAUAUGAGCCCGGAGAGCUGCAUGCAAUACUGAACAUCAGCAGCAAGAGCCACUGA